CUGUUCGGCCAGAACUCUUUUCUGUUAUUGUUGUCGUCAAAGUUCUGAAGGCACCAUCUUGAUAAACCAACAAAAAAGGUGUGAAGCCCACAAUGAAAACAAUGAAAGCUCUACUGGUCCAUACGAUUUGGUUGACUGGAGCAUUCCUCCAAGUAUCACUUGCCUUUGUGGUUUCUCCUGCUACGUGUACCGGUAGCAUUUCUGCUUUUGCUACUACCAAUGAUCAUCUCAUGAGACUGAUGAUGAGCAAGGAAGAAGACAAUAAUGAUGGCAUGAUGAAAGAGAUUUCCUGGAGGGCGGCCAAACUGCGGUUGGAAGAAGAAAAUACCAAGAGAUUUCUGAAACGAAAACCUCGCAAACUGCCCUACUUGGAUGCUCGACGGUGGGUUCAGUACAACUUGGGGCCCGACACGCAGGAAGAAUUCGAUGAUUUGGUGGCCAAUGGGAAUCUCCGAACACCCUACAUUCCCAAAAAACCAGAAGAGUAUUACACGGAAACGGGGGAUUGGGUGUCCUGGGAUCACUUUUUGACCAUGGAUCCCAAAGUGGGAGGAAGAACCGUGCCACCAGCGUCAGGACAGUUUGAUUAGGGAAAAAGUUUACAACGGCACAACACAACAAUCAUUACAAAGAUUUCAGGAUGUUUUUCUUUCAUGAACAAAUUGGCAAUUUUUGGUGGCAGCCAAUGACGCGCGAAUGUGGAAGGCUACAGAAACAAAGAACCGUACUGAUUGUGUCAACUUGACCGAAAACAAGCGACAUCUUGGCCAAAGACCAUCUUAGCACUGCCAAUGAGCACCAUAGCUGGCAUUCUAGAAGUAAUAAGAUACAAGUUUGUAGCAUUCUAGAAGUAAUAGCACCCAUGGGAUUUGAGACUUCAAGAGUUCUCCGUCACGGCAUCAAGGUCCCCGCUGUCUUGGACUCUGUGGAGCAUACUCUGAUGCGUUCUUUCAUGUCUGUUCUUGCUUGCUACAGAGGGUACCAUAGGAUGUGUUGCCGCCCAAACCAGCCAGUGUCACCAACCGGACGGACAACCCAGACGAUGCGCGUCAUCAAACUGUAGACUAGCGCUCAAUUUGCUCGUUCUGUGUGAC